AUGGCGGCGGCGGGCGAGCACGGCGCGCAGGUGGCGGCGCUCGAGGUGUACCGCACGCCGCUGGCCUCCCGCUACGCCAGCCCCGACAUGUGCUUCCUGUUCAGCGACAGGUUCAAGUUCCGGACGUGGCGGCAGCUCUGGCUGUGGCUGGCCGAGGCCGAGCAGGCGCUGGGUUUGCCCAUCUCAGAGGAGCAGCUGCAGGAGAUGAAAGCCAACCUGGACAAUAUCGACUUCGGGUUGGCAGCUGAGGAGGAGAAGCGGCUGCGUCAUGAUGUCAUGGCCCACGUGCACACCUUUGCCCGCUGCUGCCCGAAAGCUGCGGGCAUAAUCCACCUGGGCGCCACCUCCUGCUACGUCGGCGACAACACUGACCUGAUUAUCCUUAGAAAUGCAUUUGACCUGCUUCUGCCAAAGCUCGCCAGAGUCAUCUCUCGACUCGCUGAUUUCGCUCAGGAACACGCCAACCUGCCCACCCUGGGUUUCACACAUUUUCAGCCUGCUCAGCUGACCACUGUCGGGAAACGCUGCUGCCUCUGGAUCCAGGAUCUCUGCAUGGACCUGCAGAACCUCAAGCGAGCUCGGGACGACCUGCGUUUCCGUGGUGUCAAGGGCACUACCGGCACUCAGGCCAGCUUCCUGCAGCUCUUCGAAGGGGACCACCAGAAGGUGGAGCUGCUUGACAAGAUGGUGACUGAAAAGGCAGGAUUUAAGAGAGCGUUCAUCAUCACAGGACAGACGUAUACCCGAAAAGUGGAUAUUGAGGUGCUAUCUGUGCUGGCGAGCUUGGGGGCAUCCGUGCACAAGAUCUGCACAGAUAUCCGGCUCCUGGCGAACCUCAAGGAGAUGGAGGAGCCCUUUGAGAAACAACAGAUCGGCUCCAGCGCCAUGCCCUACAAGCGGAACCCGAUGCGUUGUGAGCGCUGCUGCAGCCUCGCCCGGCACCUCACAGCCCUGCUCAUGGAUCCGCUGCAGACAGCGUCUGUUCAGUGGUUUGAGCGCACGCUGGAUGAUAGUGCCAACCGACGGAUCUGUUUGGCUGAGGCCUUUCUCACUGCAGACACGAUACUGAACACCCUGCAGAACGUUUCUGAAGGACUGGUGGUGUACCCCAAAGUCAUCGAGCGGCGCAUUCGACAAGAGCUGCCUUUCAUGGCCACGGAGAACAUCAUCAUGGCCAUGGUGAAGGCGGGGGGCAACCGCCAGGACUGCCAUGAGAAAAUCAGGGUACUGUCCCAGCAGGCCGCCGCGGUGGUUAAACAGGAAGGGGGUGACAAUGACCUCAUCAAGAGGAUUCAGGCAGACACCUACUUUACUCCCAUCCACUCCCAGCUGGAUCAACUGCUGGAUCCUUCCUCCUUCACUGGCCGGUCCUCACAGCAGGUACAAAGAUUCUUAGAAGAGGAGGUUCAUCCGCUGUUAGAACCAUACAAAAAUGUUCUGACGGUGAAAGCAGAAUUAUGCCUGUAGAGCUGAGAAACACGCAGUCAUUGUGGCUUGGUUAACUUUCAGAUGUGCCUUAUUUUACCUCAAGAGUCGUUACCUUCUGUGAAUACAGCAUUUUU